GCCGACUCCACCUGGCAACACUGGCUGUGAGUUUUGUCAUUUGUCACUGAAUCCAACGUUUUGGGGUUUGACAAUCAAAACAUUUAUCUCACUCACCCAGAAAUUACAUUUAAAAAAUGAAUUCUAUAAUAAAAUCAGCGAAACUAUCAAACACUUGGUUGAAAAAUAAUGCCAUUCUUGUAACUGCAGUAAGAAACCACUGGAACAAGGAUUACAAACCAGGACCGUACCCCAAAACUGAAGCUGAGAGGGUAGCUGCUGCUGAUAAAUAUGGGCUCCACCCUAGCGAAUACAAGCCUUAUCCAGAUGAUGGGCAAGGUUGUGGAGACUAUCCUAACCUACCAAUGGUUUCUGGGGAUUCCAAAGAUCCCUUCUAUCCUUGGGAUAACCCAGAGCUCAAGAGAAACUUCAAUGAGCCUAUGCACGCAGAGUUUGACUUGAUUAGAGAAGAUCGCUAUGAUGUUAGUGCAAAAUUAAGAUACCCUUUGUGGGUCUUUUGGGCCCAAUUCUUGGGAGUCAUGUUUGGUACAUUCGCGCUUUAUAGUUUGCUAGAGAAUGUGAAAAUGUUUCAUCCUGCUAUCCCAAGGCAAUAUCCCAGCCCAGGAAAGAAGCAUUAUACCUUUGAGAGAGCUGAUGAAUAGUUGUAUCUUGUAUACAUAUGUAUUUAUUAAUAUAGUUACAUAAAACUUGAUAGGUCUUUAUUCUGAAGAUGGUCUAUAUAAAAUUAAGUGGAGUGAACCAGUUAUGAGGGAAGCACAGCAAGUAAAGAAAAAUAU